CCAAAAAAGUUACUAUUCAGCCAAUUUUGCUCCACAGACACACACGGUUCCGCUGCAGUGUUCAUUUUGUCUCGCCGAAUACCUCAGUAGUCAGUACGACGGCUAGCAAAUUGGUCCAAAAAGGUCAAAUAGUUCUCCUCCUGGACCUUCUCUUCUCAAAAUUGGUGCCAAUCUAGGAAGCAAAUCCUUAAUUAUAGGAGGAGUCAUCUUUGUCAUCCCAACAACAUUGACAAUUGCCUUCAACGCCCCAGAAUCGAUCCUACAAGACAAGACAACACCAAGGUGAAACCCUUAGACAUUCCGAGUGAUUUUGUUUUAUCUCCUUCUCUGGGUAAUGACUAAUGAAUAAGCGGAAGCCAAGUAGUUGAGGAGCUGUUGUGUAGUUUCAGAUAGACUCUCAAAAAAAUGCAGAGAGUGUUUUCAAAAACCACGACUUUCUUCACUAAACACACCACUUUGUUCAACAAACACAUACAAUACACUCAUUUCCUCCUUCUUCACACAACUUCAAAUGUCGAAACCCAUAUAGACAAAAUCCCUCAAACCCAUCCCUCUCAGUCUCAGACUCAGAGCAUCAACAACAACAACAACAACAACUUUCUAUCAGACAAUACAAGAACUGGGUUUGGGCUAGUUCGCCUUCAAACUGCCCCAGAUGAUGAUCAAACCCUUUACAAUCACAGCCACGACGAGUUUGCUGGUGAUGUCGAAAAGGUAUACAGAGUUUUAAAGAAAUUCCACUCAAGGGUUCCCAAAUUGGAACUCGCUUUGCAACAAUCUGGUGUUGUUAUGCGUUCUGGUUUAACCGAACGUGUAUUGGAUCGCUGCGGCGAUGCCGGGAACUUGGGGUACAGUUUUUUCAUUUGGGCUUCCAAACAACCCGGUUAUAGGCAUAGCUAUGAGGUUUACAAAUCUAUGAUUAAGAUUUUAGGGAAAAUGAGGCAAUUUGGUGCUGUUUGGGCACUGAUUGAAGAGAUGAGGAGGGAUAAUCCCCAGUUGAUAUCCCCACAACUGUUUGUUGUUCUGAUGAGACGCUUCGCCUCAGAUAGAAUGGUUAAGAAAGCCAUUCAAGUAUUGGAUGAGAUGCCAAAGUAUGGUUGUGAGCCUGACGAGUAUGUGUUUGGGUGUUUGUUAGAUGCUUUGUGUAAGAAUGGUAGUGUUAAGGAAGCUGCAUUGUUAUUUGAGGAUAUGAGGGUUCGGUUUACACCUACGCUUAAGCAUUUUACAUCGUUGUUGUAUGGUUGGUGUAAGGAAGGGCAGCUUAUAGAAGCCAAGUUUGUGUUGGUGCAGAUGAGGGAGGCAGGGUUUGAGCCCGACAUUGUGGUUUAUAACAAUUUGCUUAGUGGGUAUGCUCAGUUAGGGAAGAUGACUGAUGCCUUUGAUCUUUUGAAGGAGAUGAGGAGGAAAGGCUGUGAGCCGAAUGCAACUUCGUAUACUAUUUUGAUUCAGGCACUUUGUGCGAGGAAGAGAAUGGAAGAGGCAAUGCGGGUUUUCGUUGAGAUGCAGAGAAAUGGCUGUGAAGCUGAUGUUGUGACCUACACUACAAUGAUAAGUGGUUUUUGCAAGUGGGGGAAGAUUGAUAAAGGUUAUGAGCUUUUGGAUUCUAUGAUACAGCAAGGACUUACUCCGAAUCAGACGACUUAUAUGCACAUUAUGUUGGCUCAUGAGAAGAAGGAACAGCUAGAAGAGUGUAUGGAACUCAUGGAGGAGAUGCAGAAGAUUGGUUGCAUUCCUGAUCUUAGUAUUUACAAUACGGUGAUUAGGUUAGCUUGCAAGUUGGGAGAGGUUAAGGAAGGCGUUCGGCUUUGGAACAAAAUGGAGGGAAGUGGACUUAGUCCAGGGCUAGAUACCUUUAUCAUAAUGAUUCAUGGGUUUAUUGGGCAAGAUUGUCUGGUUGAAGCUUGUGAGCACUUCAAAGAAAUGGUUGGGAGAGGUCUUCUAUCUGCUCGUCAUUAUGGUACCUUGAAGGAGUUCCUGAAUUCUCUAUUAAGAGCUGAGAAGCUUGAGAUGGCUAAAGAUUUAUGGAGUUGCAUCGCUAGUAAAGGUCCUGAGCCUAAUGUGUUUGCAUGGACAAUUUGGAUUCACGCGCUCUUUAAGAAUGGGCAUGUGAAGGAGGCUUGUUCAUACUGUCUGGAAAUGAUGGAUGCAGAUGUAAUGCCACAGGCAGAUACCUUUGCUAAACUCAUACGUGGUUUAAGGAAACUUUAUAACAGAGAGAUUGCAGCUGAGAUAACAGAGAAGGUUCGGAAGAUGGCUGCAGAUAGACAGAUCACUUUCAAGAUGUAUAAACGGCGAGGAGAGAGGGACUUGAAAGAAAAAGCCAAGGAGAAAAAAGAUGGGAGGAAAAGGAGGGCUCGUCGACGCCAGUGGGGUGGAGGGCAUAAUAGAGCUAAACUUUAGUAGUUUGAAUGAGAGGGUUUCUAUGAAGUAAAUCAAUUAGUUAGCAGAUUGUGCACAGGUGAUAUGUUGCCAGCCAGUAUUUAGGCAGUGGCAUCUGAAAUAUAUCAUAUGAUGUACAACCUACAUUAGAUUUUUUUUUGUCCUUCUUAUUACACAAGGAAGGUUUCAUAAUUGGCAUCUCCUUUUCAUAAAUAUCUGGUUGACAAAGCCAUUGCCCAGAAGAGAGAUGAUUUGCAAGCUAUUCAAGCAAACAUAUGCAAUGAAGAGGAUGUAUGCCUUCUCAAAAAAAAAACAAAGAAAAAAAGAGGAUGUAUGUAGUGAACAACAAAUUAGAGAGCAACUAGAGGAGUUGAUGCAAAAGGAAGGAAGGCAUUAUGUGGGAUUAGAAAGUCAGGAGUAAUUGGGUCGUUCAGUGGACAGAAAUACAAAGUACUUUCAAGCUAUGGUAAGGAAAAGAAGAGUGGUCAAAAGAAUUGUUCAAUUGAAGGGAGAAGAUGGAGAAUGGUAUGAUGGUUCCAGCCAAAUGGAGCAUUGCAGCAUUUCAAAGGAAUUUAUCGGCAAUAGGAGAGCAUGCAAUAGUGUGAGAUUUUGCAACAGCCUGAAGGCCUCAGUCUACCGGCAUUCACUGAAAAUCAAAAAGCAGAGCUAGACAGGCCAGUUUCACAUGAAGAAAUUUUUUGUUUUUUGGAUUAGUUUCACAAGAAGAAAUAGAAGCAGUUGCGUUUCAAUCAGGCCCAAUCAAAGCUCCUGGACUGGAUAGACUAUCAACGGUCUUUUAUCAAAGAUUAUGGGAGUUCAUGCGAUAGCCUAGCGGUAACAACAUCCUUUGUAGUGCUCCAUAUAUGUGGUUUGAACGCCCCCUCCCCCCAUAUCUAUCUAUCAAAAAAAAAAAACUGGGGAGUAGUGAGGCCUGCAGUCACAGCAACGAUUCAAGCUCUCUUCCAUUUAAGUGCUCCUCAGAGUAUUCAGAAAACCUGUUGAAUAGCGUGACUAGGGAAAGCCAAAUUUGAGAGGAGGUUGAUGGAUUGGCAGAUCCUAAUCAUAGCGAAGGGUGUCUAGAAGUGAAGCAGGAUGUGGAGUGGUACAGGUUUUGUUGCUAAGUCAACCACAGGAACUUAAAUUUUUGGUGGCUUCUUGAGUUUCAAACCUUGCAGUAGGAAGAUAACUAGAUUGUUGGCUUUAUGUGGGCACUGCUACAAGCUAAGAGAGCAGGGAUUUAAAGAAUUAUUCUUCUAUUACCUUCUUAAGAGAUCAAAAGUUUUGUUGUAAAUAGGGAAUGUUGGCCGUGGCAAGCAUCAUCCGUGUUGGAGGACAUCUGUCUUCUAGGAGGUUUGAAGCUGCAGAUGGCUUUUUUGUGGUUCUGAGUGUGGUUUUGUAUAGGCUUGCAUCUGAGCCAAAUUAGCCUCUAAUUGUUAUAUAACCUUGGGCUCUAAUUGUUAUAUAAACUUGUUCAGAUUAUUUGUUAUUUUAUUAAGUGACAAAUGAAAAUA